ACAGACAGACAUGAACGAUCCUUAUAAAAUGUCAUUUCACAAGUGUAAAUUUUCUUAUCAAAAUGACAAUGUAAAUGUGCUCCAUAUUGGGCGUAAUAUCGAAGCAAGGAUCGAAAGAAUUGAUGAAGACAUUGCAACUAUCUAUUUUGUGGAUAAUCAAGGCGUACAAGUACCUCCUCCGCCAAAUUCCGUUCUCAAGAAUAUAUCAACUAAUCGUAAUGUUCCGUAUCGUCGUAAUGAAUUUCUUAUUACAUGGAUGUCCAAUUACUCCUUUCUCCAAAAUGGUUUAGAGGUUUUUAGAUUGGAAAGACAAAAAAAGCAAGCAAUAAGUGGAGUUGCAGAUCUUAGAGCAAGUUUAAUUGAGUCAUAG